UAUCGUCUCUGUGUCCUCACAAGUAGAUCACGGCCAGCUCCGCCUCCUCCCUGAGUUGCGGAUCGUGCUAGCUGAUCGGCUCCAAUGUUGUGGUCAUGCCCUAUAAUUCCCAUUCCUUGUCCUUCCAUUUAAAUUUCAUGUGCAUCGUCGUCCAAUCACUAACGACGGGUCAGAGACUCUUGAGCCACGGUAUGUCCAAGAUGACGUCAAAUCCGUGGAGUGGUAACGAGAAGAAAUCCAUUGUUACCUGCAGGUCGUGGAGAUGGAGGGGAACCGCAGGGUACAGUUGGUCGCUUUCGAGGGUAGCGCCGUUUGCAACCUUGACGGAGAAGGGUUUGAUCCGCUUCGCUUCUAGGCCGAGUCCCGCCGCGAAGUCCUGCCUCACGAAAUUCAGGGACGCGCCACUGUCCACCAAUGCGACGGCGGAGUGUCCUACCACACGCGCCCGAAACCGCAUCGCAGUAGGUCCUCCGACCCCGACCAGCACUGCUUCCGAGGCCGCCGCCGCUGUGGGUCCGGCGGCUGAGAUCGCCUCCCGGUGCUCGCGCGCCUCUGGUGGUGGAGCCAUCUCCGACGGGGAAUUCUCCUGGGGUUCCAGCGAAGAGUGGGAUCCAGGGUGUGGUGAUGCCAUUGGCGGCUCGCCACUAGGUGGUCUAAAUUUCCAGCAACCGCAUCACCUCACGGAAUUGCUCCCAGGAGUCGUCGAGUUCCCUGGGUCAGAGGUGGGAUGAACUCAUAUUCGUCACGAAGCUCUGAUACCACUGUAAGCAGAGUAGAGAAUUGGGGGAAAUUGAUAGAAGAAUUUAGGGUUAGGGAUUGAGAAAUUGAACAUAAUUGGGAGAAGAGAUGAAGAACUCGAGAGAGGGAUUUAGGGUUUUUUUAUCUGUUUUUCCAUAACCUCCAAAUUAUAACAUCCUUCGCCUUAAAUAGGCUGUCCAUAAAAUAGCCAAAUAAUA